AUGUGGACAAAUUCUCCCAUCAGGACGAAUCAACCUUCACCUAGUCCAGAUAUGUUACAACGAGCCUCUCCGAUUACAGAAUUGAAUAUCAAUAAGACUGCAUAUGGUAAUGCAGAGACUCCCCUGGUUCAAAAGAACUCGACAUUACAAGGCUGGCGAAAACAUUCGUCUCAUAUUCACGUCAAGCUGGAUAGCACCGAUGUUUCCUCUGACCUGACGAUCAAUGUAUGGGACCACAACCGUCGACCACAAGUUGGCAUACCAAAUGCUAUACACAUGCCUACAUGGGAUCUGAAUGAAGAUGGAGUAGUGACACUGAAUCAAUUGAAUUGGUGGGAACGAGCUGAAGAGUUCUGUGAUCUAACACCCAGGAUGCUGAGAAGCUUUCUUAAGGGCAUUCCUUCUCAAAUAUAA